UCGCCAUCUGCACUAACCAUCUAACCUAACCCUUGCCUAGUUCCCAGUCUCAGCAUUGGCUGGCUCCUCCUCCCUACAUCGGAUCGGUGUUUUUUCCUCUUCAUAACCAGCUGGCAGGCACCUUUCCUAUUAGCCCUUAACCUUUCUCCGCCUCUGCCCCGUCCCUCUGAUAUUUCUUUCCGUCCGUUCCUCGUUCCCCCGCGCCUCGGUGUUUCUCACCUGCCAUUUCUAUCCUGUUCCCAUACUGUACGGUCUCUAGGGCCACGCAAAGGCGAGAGGGCGAAAAGGAGUGAGUGAGUGAGUGAGUGAGACUGAGUGAGAUAGGAGUCAGAAGGCAGUGCGAGAGGAGCCAUGACAGGGUCUACUGAGGCAGAGCCGCAGAAGGAGACGACUACCCCCCAGGACACUAACGUGGAAGCCACCGCCACCCCCAUGGAUGCAACUGCCACUGCUAACGACGCUAACCCUCCCGCUCCAGACGCUCCCGCCGCUCCCGCCGCUGCUGCUGCCGCUGCUGCCACAGGAGAGGAUAAAUCCGCGCCAAAGGAUGCUGCCCCUGCUGCUGUAGAGGAUAAGCCGGCCUCGGAUGCUGCGCCUGCUGCGGCGGCGGCUGGUGCUGUUGCUGGCGCGGAGAGCAAGGAGGGAGAGGGCGGCGCGGACAAGGGGGACGGCGGCGAGGGGGAAGAGAAGAAGGGCAAGGCGUUCACCCCCGCCAUUCGCGCAGAGAUCCUCCGCCAGGUGGAGUACUACCUGAGCGACAGCAACCUGCCGCGCGACCGGUUCAUGCAGGAGAAACUCCAGGAGGGCAACGGAUUCGUGCCCCUGGCGCUGCUGUGCACGUUCUCGCGCAUGCGCAAGCACCUGGGCGUGCUGCCCGACGCGCCCGUGCCCGCGCACCUGGUGCGCGCCACGUACGAAGUGCUGCAGGACUCCACCUUCCUCAAGUUCUCCGACGACGGCAAGCUGGUGGGGCGCGAGGGCGAGGUGGCGAUGGGCGCGGAGCGCAUAAAGGAGAUCAACGCGCGGUCGCUGUACGCCGCGCCGUUCCAGUGGAAUUCCACUCUCGACGACAUCCGCGGCUUCUUUGGCACGCUCGGGCCGGUGAAGAGUGUGUGCAUGCGGCGGCACCCGGCGUCCAAGGCGUUCAAGGGGUCGGUGUACGUGGAGUUCGACUCGGAGGACGACAUGCGCAAGGUCGCCGCCAUGGCGGACGUCACCUUCAACGGCGCCAAGCUGCACCUGCAGGCCAAGAACGAGUGGCUGCAGCAGGCGAGGGAGGACUGGCAGAAGCGCGUGGCGGAGCAGGGAGACGACGCCGGGAGGUGCGAUGCCGACGAUGGGGAUGAAGUGAGGCCGCCUGCCAAGGCCAGGAAGAUGGAGGAGGGGAGGGAGGGAGGGGCAGAGGAGGGAGGGGGGGCGGAGGAGGAGGAGGAGGAAGAGGAGGAUGAGGACGCAUAUCCCAAGGGGCUUAUCCUGGGGUAUAGUCUGUUGGUUCCUGGGGAUGGUGCUGGGGAGAAGGGUAAAGAGGAGAAGGCGGAGGGGGAGAAGGGAGGGGUUAGCAAUGGGGAGGUGAAGGAAGGGGAGGAGAAGAAGGAAGGGGAGGAGAAGAAGGAAGGGGAGGAGAAGAAGGAAGGGGAGGAGAAGAAGGAAGAGGAGGAGAAGAAGGAAGAGGAGGAGAAGAAGGAAGGGGAGGAGAAGAAGGAAGGGGAGGAGAAGAAGGAAGAGGAGGAGAAGAAUGACACGGAUAAAGAGAUGGUGGAUGCAGCAGAAGUGGAGAAGAAUGCGGAAGAGAAACAGAAGAAACCGGAGGAGGAAGGGAAGGAAGCAGAGAAGGGGGAGGAAGAGGAGGGCGUGGAAGGGGCAGCAGAGGGGAAAGGGGACGAGAAGAAGGGAGAGGAGGGAAAGAAGGAGGAGGGGGAGAAGGAGAAGGAGGAGGAAGAAGAGAAGGCGGGCGGUGAGGCGUUGGGCAAGAGGAAGCGGGAGGAGCGCGUUGUGGCGGAAGGGGUGACCCGGGAGGAGUGCCGCUUCGUGUUUGAAAAGUUUGGCAUUGUCAAGUUCGUGGAGUACAAGGCGGGCGACCUGAGCGGGUUCAUUCGGUUUGAGUCGCCGGAGGGGCCCAUCAAGGUCAGCAACAAGGCCAAGUCUGCGCCGGCUGCGCUCACCAUCAAGGGCUACCCCGUCACUGUGCACAUCCUCCAAGGGGAGGAGGAGGCGGAGUACUGGAGCAAGCUGAGGGACGGGCAGAAGAAGCGCAAGGACGCAGGAGGCAGAGGCGGUGGCGGCUUCCGGUGAGACCUCUAGGGGGGUAGCCACCAGAGGUUUGACGAAUAAACGACUGAAGAUGGAUAGUCGCUGGUAUUGGAGGAGGGUCGCAUGGCAUGGCAUGGUCGAAAAAAUGACCAGUUUUGACAGUGUAAUGUUUCUGAUGAUGGGCCUGGUGAAAUGAGAGGCAGUACCGGUAGUUAAAGGGUGGGAUGCAGUGAGGUGGGAAGGGUAGGCAGUGCUUUGGAAGGCUGUUCAACAUGCAAGAAUCUGAACUUCUGUGGCUGUUUUAGAGUUGCUUAAAGCAGAGCAGACACAUCAUUGGCAGCAGAUUUUAUGUUUUGAGUCAGCUUCUCUGGUGCAGCGAGAAGCUAGCAUAGUGAAGGAGUGUCAACUUAUAUCUAUAUGUUAUAGGCCAGAUAGGUGCGUGCUCAUAGAGA